AUGUCCUCCUCUACUACCUCUAGUAUUGAGCGAGAAAUCGAGCUAGGAGGCAAUGCCAUGAUUGAAAGGGUAAAAAGAGACAUCGAGGUGGUCAACGAAUAUCUCAAGAGUCCCAACAAUUCCGACGAUGACAAUGCUUUCUAUCAGCAUCAGAAAAGCCAGCUUCGGCAAGAGGAAAGCCAGCUUCGUAGACUGAAGCUGUUGGUGAUGCAACGCACUCCCCCUCCUCCUCCAACGCCAUCCAUUCCAGUGAAACAACAAGUGGCGAACACUUUAUUCCUAGAAGAAAUGCGAAAGGAGAUUGCGGCAAUAUUUCAAGAGGCUCUUACCAAAACUAACAGAGCUACCCCACAAAAAAGUCCAUCAAGCUUUGGGGCGGGCGAGCUUCGACGUCUGGAAAGACUAGGACAUGUGCACAGUCCUGAUGAGGAAGGAAAAGGCGAAGCAGUCCUCACCAAUGAGCAAGCGCGUAGCCUGUUGCAACUAGAAACGGAGCAUCAAAUGGUUGCCUUUUUGACCCCAUUCCUUGCAGCUCUUUUCCAAUGCAAUGGGGCGUCUAGUAAUAGAGUUCUUGUGAAUUCUGAAGCAUAUAAGUGGUUGAAGACAUCUAAUGAUGAAAACAGUGCCGCCUACAACCAAAACCCGGACAUGUUUAUCUGCCACAAGUCCAUCUACAAGAAACGCGAUCCAUUUGAUGCCAGGGAGGACGACAAGCUUCUUCAAAUGCGCCGAUCAACGGAUGUUUUUGGGCAAUUGUCAAACUGGGACCUUCGUCGCUUCCUCUACUUGGUCUUGGAUGCCAAAAAGGACAUUGAUGAUUCAGCGUUUGGACAGACCAUCAACUACGGAGCUCACCUGUCUCUUGGAGAAAAUAGUCCCAUCACUGUACGCCUGGUUCUUUUUGAUCGAGAAUCUUUCUGGCUAGUUCAGACUGUAAAAGGAACAGCUUCCUCUGUUAGGAAGUGUCGGUGGGUCGACGGCGGGUCAAAAUCACGAUUGGAAAAGUUCAUGCUGCAAGAUCCCGUGAUUGAGAUCCUCGACAAGGCUUGCUUUGAGUUGGGCCUAGUACCCGAAGUGGACGGAUACUUGGGUGGCGGAGCUUUUGGUCUAGUUUUUAAAGUCUGCGAUCAGAACGGAGCGGCCUUGGCAUUGAAGAUAGUCCUCGAUGUCCAUGACAAAGUGGCUGAACUUCAAAGACAAAUGGCAAUUACUAAUGAAGCUCAACGAAAAUGUCCUCACUUGAUUGUCGGCGUUGAAGAGAACUCUUUCAGGAAGUUUGAUAAGUUGGGCGCUGUUCUUUUGUUUUCGGAAGUUGGAAAUCACUAUUCUAGUCUUUCAAAGAAAGCUAUUUUUGAUUCUCUUCAAGAGCUCCACGACAACAAUAUUGCGCAUGGGAGUGCUCGAGUGGACAACGUUGUCUGCGUCAAUGGGGAGGCCAAGUGGAUUGAUCUUCAAAGAGCAUUUCUUUGGAACACUGGUGGUAGUGUUUCCGAGCUGGGAAAAAGGGAUUAUAGAGAUCUGAUGGAAUCCAUCAAACGCAGCCAGUACUUUGAUUGA